UUUUGUGAUUUGGCAGGGGACAGUGAUACAACAUGAUAAUUUUAUAAUUCUCGACAAUGGCUCUUGAACUUGACCUCUUAAACGAGGAAUACAGUUCAAUCGGAAAUGAUAUUCCAAGUUUACAAUUGUCAAAUAAACUGAGUCGCUCAAUAUGUAGCGAAAAUCUGCCAUCCAGUGUCAAUAAUUGGUCAACAAAACAUGCAGAGUUUCUCAAUAUUUAUUAUGAAAAGGAAUAUGUUAAUGAUCCAUUAGAUGUUAUGGGAAGAAUACCAACACUGCAACCGUUCAGUAGAGAGCAAAAUCAUUUUACAGACAGCUUAAAGUCAUCCUUGCAGUUUAAUGCAUCAUACAAAAACUUUGACGAAACCUACAAUUUUCACACAAUAGAAAAUGGUUUAAAGAAAGAGUUGGUGGAUACCAUUUGUAAACUGAAUAAAAAUCCUGAACAGGAUAGAUUUAUCAAAUUCAAGGUGUCCAGAUUCUUGAAAUGUCUACACAGAUUUAUGAACAAUAUGGAAUCACUACGGAUGAAUUAUGAGGAGUACAAAGGAAACUUUAAACAUCUUCUUGGUAGUUUUGUGGAAAUGUGUGGUCUGGAAGUUUUGGAAUGCUCAGAUACCUGUCAGUCUGUCUGGAGAAAUUUGCAAAGGACGAAGGCAGUAGUAUCAAAACCAGACUUUCGGUUGUACAAAUCAGGACUAGAAGAUUUCUUAUUACUGGAUGAUGAAGUGGUAGUACCUGUUACUGAGGUAAAACAAAGUCAUGAGCCAUUACAAAGUAGAUCAAAAGAAAUGAAUUCAACUACCAACCCAGCAUGUUCAGAUAACCAGGCGAAAUCUCAGAUAGAGUUAGACUUCAAUGAAGACAUCCUAGGUCAACAUGCAGGCACACUUUUGUUGGAUCUAGAUAGAUAUUGCUUGAAGAAAACAGUGUAUAUUGAUGAAGAUUAUGUGAUGAGAAUACCAGGGAUCAUGUUUAAAGGGACACAGGUUUUAUUUACAUUGCUUGAAAUGAAUAGAUCACAUCACAGAAAGCUGAGAUAUAGUGAAGACCUAGAUGAUGAAAAAGACAUGGCUAAAAUUUAUUACUCCAGACCAUUAGACAUCUUGGUGGAAAAAGAUCGAUGUACACUAAUAGAAAGUUUCAUGAGAUUAAACAACAUAUAGUGACACUUGUUUAAAGUAACUGACAAUGUUGACAAUUAAAAACAUUUGGUUAAGACCAUCACAUGUAAACAGGAAGAGGGAAUCUUGGGCAUGUGUGUGUAAUAAAGGUUCAUAGAAUCGUUAUAUUAUGUGAAGGUCAGUUAACUAUAAUCCCUCCAUCGUUAAAGGAAUUAUGGAAUAGAUGGAGAUGCUUCAAUAACUAUUGACAUUUUUUGUUAAUCUCUUUAUGUAGAUGAAACAAAUAUAUGACUUUCUAUAGAUAAA